ACCCGUAUGCGCACGGCGUCUUCAUAUGAUUGCAGAACCGCGUCGCUACAGUUGAAAGAUACACUGGUUAUUCCCCGUUUGCGGCUGCACUCUUGAUUUAUGGUGAUCACAAAUCCUUUACAUUUGCUACGUGCUGACUGGUAUGCACGAAAAUCAGGAGUUACUGUUUGAUAGGAAAGGAAAACCGAAGGACGAAGCGUUUACGCUUGGCGAAGGUGUUCUUCAUCUCCAGCGCGUCCCACUCUACGAACACCAGCGCAAAAGAGCAGCAGAUCCUCAUCCACACGGCUGCAUAGGAACAUAAGGGAGCCGCUGAGGUUUAAAUCUUAAGGAGAUGGGACUUGGGCUUCUGCCCAAAGGUGAACGUUUCAAACUCUGCCCCUAUAGCUGUGACCGGUUUGCCGUGAGGCCCCGUACCCCCUUCUAAUGAUCUCUCUAUAGCCCGGUCCAGAACUGUGCAGUCAUGUUCAGGAACAGUCUGAAGAUGCUGCUUGGCGGCAAAUCCAACCGCAAGAAUCGAAACAGUGGCAGUGACUCUGUGGAGGGCGAGUGUGUGUUCGAGGGGGAUUACGCUGUCCCUCCUCUCCCGGUGACCGAGGGCAUGCAGCACAUUCGGAUCAUGGAGGGUGUGACGCGCUCUCUCCCCUCCUCUCCUCUGCUGUCCCACCAGGCCCUCAACAUGCGUCUCCAGCCGCUCAAGAGACUGCCAGGGGAAGAAAGCCAGGAUAUGGGUCCUCCUCCAUCUGUAGACGAGGCCGCCAACACACUGAUGACGCGACUGGGGUUCCUGCUCGGGGAAAAAGUGAACGAAGGGCCUGGUGGAGCACAGUACAGCAUGGAGGAACAAGAUGACCCUCAGGUUUGA